AUGGCCUCCUACGAUCCUACCGAUCCUGAGAUGCAGUAUCUUGCUGUGGACCGCAAGAAGUUGCUGAAGGAGCAAAAGCAGUCCUUUGAUGCCAAGAAAUCUUGCUGGGCGCCUGAUGCUGAACAAGGUUUCCGUGCUGCAGAACUGAAGAGCACAAAGGGCGAAGAAGUCACAGUACUCAUUCUUGAGACAAACGAGACUAAGACGUUUAAGAAGGAUGAAGUUCAGUCGAUGAAUCCUCCCAAGUUCGAGAAGAUUGAGGAUAUCGCCAACAUGACCUACUUGAACGAAGCCGCCGUCCUGUACAACCUGAGGUCCAGAUACACCUCUGGCUUGAUCUAUACGUACUCAGGCCUGUUCUGUAUCGCCAUCAACCCCUACCGCCGUCUCCCCAUCUAUACCCCGUCCAUCGUGGCCAAGUACAGAGGCAAGAGGAAGACAGAGAUGCCUCCUCACUUGUUCUCCAUCUCUGACAACGCCUACCAGUUCAUGGUGCAAGAUCGCGAAAAUCAAUCCAUGCUGAUCACUGGCGAGUCUGGAGCCGGAAAGACGGAGAACACCAAGAAGGUCAUCGCCUAUUUCGCUUAUGUCGCUGCUGCCUCCAAGGGAGAAGUGGAACAAGACGAAAAGAAGGGUUCCCUCGAGGAUCAGAUCGUGCAAGCUAACCCUGUCCUUGAGGCCUACGGUAACGCCAAGACGUCCCGUAACAACAACUCCUCCAGAUUCGGGAAAUUCGUGAGGAUUCACUUUGCCACAUCUGGCAAAAUCGCUGGUGCAGACAUUGAAACAUAUCUUCUUGAGAAAUCUCGCGUGACUUACCAACAAUCUGUUGAGAGGAACUACCACAUCUUCUACCAGAUGCUGUCACAGGCUGUUCCGUCUGUGUUAGAGACGAUUGUGGCCAAACCUGAUGCUGGUCUCUACACCUUCAUCAAUCAGGGAGUCCUCACAGUCAACGGCAUCGACGACAAGGAGGAAAUGAAAAUGACUGAUGAAGCCUUUGAUGUCCUGGGAUUCACCGGGGACGAGAAAACUAGCGCCUACAAAUGUACAGGUUCAAUAUUGCACAUGGGUGAAAUGGCGUUUAAGCAGAAGGGUGAACAGGCUGAGCCUGAUGGAACUGCUGUGGCUGAGAAGGUUUCCUUCCUGUUGGGUGUCAACUGUGGUGACUUCCUGAAGGCUCUGUGUAAACCCAAGAUCAAGGUGGCCAUGGAUUACGUCACUCAAGGACGAACCAAGGAUCAGGUUCUCUAUUCUGUUGGUGCUUUGUCCAAGUCCCUCUACGACCGCGUGUUCAACUGGCUGGUCAAGAGGGUGAACCAGUCACUGGAUACCAACAAACCCAGGCAGUUCUUCAUUGGUGUUCUGGAUAUUGCAGGGUUUGAAAUCUUUGAUUUCAACAGUUUUGAACAGCUCUGCAUCAAUUACACCAACGAACGUCUGCAGCAGUUCUUCAACCACCACAUGUUUGUGCUGGAACAGGAGGAAUACAAGAAGGAAGGCAUAGUCUGGGAGUUCAUUGACUUUGGAAUGGACUUGCAGGCCUGCAUUGAACUCAUUGAAAAGCCUUUGGGUAUUCUAUCCAUCUUAGAAGAGGAGUGCAUGUUUCCCAAAGCUUCUGACAAGACUUUUAAGGACAAACUAACUCAGAACCACAUGGGCAAAUCUCCAAACUUCCUUAAGCCCAACAAAUCAAUGAAGGGAGGCCAACAUGGUGACUUCGCCUUGAAGCACUAUGCAGGAACAGUUCCCUACAACAUCGGAGGCUGGCUGGAGAAGAACAAGGACCCUGUCAACGAGACCAUUGUGGAUCUUCUGAAACAAUCUAAGGAGCCACUUGUCCAGUUGCUUUUCUCUCCAGCUGAACCAGAUGCUGCAGCGGCAGCUGGAGCUGGUAAGAAGAAGAAGAAGAGUUCUGCUUUCCAGACAAUCUCCGCCACUCACAGGGAAUCAUUGAACAAGCUGAUGAAAAACUUGUACACAACUCAUCCACACUUUGUACGGUGUAUCAUCCCCAACGAAACCAAAACACCAGGCCUGAUUGAUGCUGGUCUCGUGCUCCACCAGCUCCAGUGCAACGGUGUCCUUGAGGGUAUCCGUAUCUGCAGGAAGGGUUUUCCCAGCAGAGUCGUGUACUCUGAAUUCAAACAAAGAUAUUCCAUCUUGGCCCCCAAUGCUAUUCCCCAAGGCUUUGUUGAGGGCAAAGUUGUCUCUGGGAACAUUUUGGAGGCUCUGAAAAUGAACCCAGAUGAGUACCGUCUGGGUAAUACCAAAGUGUUCUUCAAGGCUGGUGUCCUCGGUUACCUUGAGGAACUCCGUGACGAGCGACUGUCUACUAUAGUGGCUCUGUUCCAGGCUCACAUUCGAGGCUACUUAAUGAGGAAAUACCUGAAGAAUCUACAUGACAAGAGAGUUGCCCUGGAAAUGAUCCAGAAGAAUAUCCGCAAGUGGCUGGCCAUGAGGAACUGGUGUUGGUGGAGAUUCUACACCAAGGUCAAGCCUCUUCUCAGUAUUGCUGCUGCUGAAGACGAAAUGAAACAGAAGGAGGAAGCACUUGUCAAAACAAAAGAGGAGCUGGGAAAGAUCACAUCCAGGUCAAAGGAACUUGAGGAACAGAACGUCACCUUGAUGAAGGCCAAAAAUGAUCUUGUCCUCGAGGUCCAGACAAAGCAAGACAUCAUUGAUGACUGUGAAGAAAGAGUUGAGCAGCUGCUCAAACAGAAAAAUGACUUUGAAAGUGAGCUAAAGGAACUGGAGGAGCGUAUCUUGAACGAGGUAGAUGCAAAUGCUGAUGCUGUUGAGAAGAGGAGACAAAUGGAAACUGAAAACAAUGAGCUGAAGAAAGAUAUUGAAGAACUUGAGAGCUGUCUUGAUAAGGCUGAACAAGAAACGAAAACCAAAGAAAACCAAAUCAGGACCCUACAAGAUGAAAUUGCCCAGAAAGACGAAGCUAUGGCCAAACUCUCAAAGAACAAAAAGGACAUUGAAGCCCAAAACCAAAAAACAGCUGAUGCUCUCCAGGCCGAAGAAGACAAAGUCAACCAUCUUACUAAAUUAAAAACCAAACUAGAACAUUCUCUGGAUGAUAUGGAGGACUCUCUUGAACGUGAGAAGAAGUUGCGAGCCGACGUUGAGAAGGUCAGGAGGAAGUUGGAACAAGAUCUGAAGAUGACACAGGAAGUGGUUGAAGAACUGGAAUGCAUUAGACGUGAAAUGGAAGACACCAUUAAGAGAAAAGACAAAGAUAUUGCCAUGAUCAGCUCACAGCUUGAGGACGAACAAGGCCAUGGGGCUCAACUUCAGAGAAAAAUCAAGGAGUUGCAGGCUCACAUUGAGGAACUUGAGGAGGAACUGGAAACAGAAAGACAAUCCCGUUGUAAGGUUGAAAAGCAAAGGAUGGAGUUGGCUCGUGAACUUGAAGAACUUUCAGAACGUUUGGAUGAAGCUGGUGGUGCCACAUCAGUACAGGUUGAGCUGAACAAGAAACGGGAACAGGAGAUUCUAAAGAUGCGAAGAGAGCUAGAAGAAAGUGCUAUUCAUCAUGAAACACAGAUUACUGUCUUUCGUAAGAAACACCAAGAUGCUGUCAACGAACUCGGUGAUCAACUUGAACAGCUACUCAAAUUGAAGUGCAAACUAGAGAAGGAAAAGCAAGUGAUGAAGGGAGAGAUUGAUGAACUUCAAGUCCAGUUUGAUCACGUCAAGAAGAACAGGGGAUGCUCUGAAAAGAUAUCUAAACAGAUGGAAACCCAGUUCACCGAAAUGAACCUGAGGAUUGAAGAGUCAACACGACAAAUCAAUGAAUUCCAGUCCUGUAAGUUCAAACUACAAACGGAAUGCAGUGACAUCACCCGUCAGCUUGAGGAGGCUGAACAUCACGUCAGUCACUUGAGUAAAGAGAAGUCCACUCUGUCUAGUCACUUGGAGGAAUCCAAAAGAAGUUUGGAGGAAGAGUCUAGGAUUCGCAUGAAACUCCAAUCUGAUAUACGAAACCUGAACUCGGACAUGGACAGCAUCCGUGAUCUGCUGGAGGAAGAGCACGAGAGAACUGCCACACUUCAGCGUCAGCUGGCGAAGGCCAACAAUGAAGCUCAGCAGUGGAAGUCCAAGUACGAGACUGAGGGCAUUUGUAGGAUGGAGGAGAUUGAAGAGUCCAGGCGGCGUCUUCAGGCUAAGCUGACAGAAUCUGAACAAAACUUACAAGCAGCUUAUAGCAAGUGCAACGCUUUGGAAAAGGCCAAAUUUAGACUACAGGGAGAAUUGGAAGAUUUAAUGGUCGAUGUUGAGAGGGCUAAUGCAACAUCUACGACCUUAGAGAAGAAGCAAAGAACGUUUGACAGAACCGUGCAGGAAUGGCAGGUUAAGGUCACCAAUCUGCAGACAGAGCUGGAAACUUCUCAUAAGGAGUCCCGUAACUACUCAUCUGAACUCUUCCGCUUCCGUAGUCAAGUUGAGGAAUACCACAGUCAAGUGGAGACUUUAACAAGAGAAAACAAGACCUUGUCUGCUGAAGUUCAUGAAGUAACUAUUCAAUUAAGUGAUGGCGGCCGUGGUGUUCAUGACGUCGAGAAGAUGUACAAGCGUCUCCAGAUGGAGAAAGAGGAACUCCAGACUGCCCUGGAGGAAGCCGAGUCCUCUCUUGAAAAGGAGGAGGCCAAGGUGGUGAGGAUAACACUGGAGUUGGCUCAAGUGAGAGCCGGCAUCGACAGACGUAUAGCAGAGAAAGAAGAAGACUUUGAAAACACUCGUCGUAACCAUCAAAAGGUUCUGGCGUCCCUGCAAAUCAGUUUGGAAUCCGAAACCAAGAGCAAAACCGACGCCAUGAAGAUCAAGAAGAAAUUGGAACAAGACAUCAAUGAGCUUGAAAUCGCCCUUGAUGCAGCAAAUCGUUCUCGUGUUGAAGCCGAGACAAGUUCCAAGAAAUACUACACUGAGAUCAGGGAACUUAACAUUAAGAUCGAGGAUUUCCAGAAAGUGCGUGACGAGUCUCGUGAAUCCUACCAGUCUCUUGAACGCCGUUGUAACAUGCUGAAGGGAGAGACUGAGGAGAUGCGCACAUCAUUGGAGUCGUCUGAACGUGCCCGCAAAGCCGCUGAACUUGAACUGAGUGACGUCACAGAACGCAUGAAUAUGCUGACUGUCCAGAUCACUUCAAUCUCAAGCCAGAAGAGGAAGUUCGACAGUGACAUCACUGCCAUGCAGUCCGACCUAGAUGACAUGCACAACCAGCUCAAGAUAUCCGAGGAGAACUGCAAGCGCGCUGUUGUUGAUUUCACUCGCGUGUCUGAAGAGCUCCGAGUUGAGCAGAACAAUAGCACACAGCUGUUGAAGGUCAAGAUGCACUUUGAGAGUCAAGUUAAGGAACUUCUGAUAAGAGUUGAGGAAUCCGAGGGCUUGGGACUCAAGGGAGGCAGGAGGAUGAUCCAGAAACUCGAGCUUAAGAUUCGUGAACUGAAUUCCGAGCUUGAGAACGAGCAGCGCCACCAUGCGGAAACCCGGAAGAGUUCUCGUCUUGCUGAACGGCGUCUGAUGGACCUGAUGUUCCAGGCUGAGGAGGACAGGAAGACCCAGGAGAGACUCCAGGAGACUGUGGACAAGCUGAAUGCCAAACUGAAGGCAUACCGGGUACACAUUGAAGAAGUGGAGGAGAUUGCCACCAUGAACCUGACCAAGUUCCACAAGAUGCAACAGGACCUUGAAUAUGCUGAAGAGAGAGCCGACUCCGCUGAGGCAACUGUCCAGAAACUGAGAGUCAAGAACCGCGUCUCUGUUUCCUCAGUUAGAAUCUAUUCCAAGACGUCUCAAUAACUGAUGUCGGCUGGCCUUCCAAUGAAGUGAUUACUGUUCAAUAUUUAAACCUAACUUAUUGA